UAGCCCAACACAGUCACACACACCAAAGGCCCUACCCAACACCCCUAAGAUGUCGCAACGUUCUAAAGAAAAGAGAGGGAAAAGUCAACCCAAUCCCAAAAUUCAAAUUGAAAUCCACUUCCCGUACAACUCGGAAUUCCCGCCCAUCCCGCUCACCACUAAUUUCGUGUGUGGCCCACCACUAUAUAAAUUGCUCACUCAUUUUUACCCCCACUCAUUCACGAGUCACGACUCCUCCCAAAACCCUCACUCUCUCUCAAAUUGCUCUCUGUAAUUUCUCUCUCUGAAUUUCAAUGGUGACGCCGCGGAAGAAGAACCCUAAGGCGUCUCCGAAAUCGAAGAAGACAACCGAUCCGGAGCGAGCUUCACCGGAGGUACCUGUUUCUUCCACGGUCGUUGACGGCGGAGAGAUGAAUCCAUCGGCGAGGAAGAACAAGUCCAAUGCGCCUCCCGCCUCGGCUCCGGAACCUAAGAAGUCGAAGAGAACCAAACCGAAGGCAGGUCCUUGUUCCAUUGUCGUCGACGGCCCGGAGCCUACGUUCGUCGGCGAACCGCUUACCGACGAGGAAGCUCGGCGGAGAUGGCCAGAAUCGUACCGAAAGGAGAAGCAAGUUGCUGGACCAAUCAGCUCUAAGGGAGAUGAAGAUUCUCUUCAGGCUCGUUCUCACUUUACAAUGGCUGAAGUGGAUGGUAUAAGAUAUGAUCUGUAUGAUGAUGCUCAUGUUCUGGCUGGAGAAGGAGAGCCACAAUACAUUUGCAAGAUAGUUGAGAUGUUUGAGGCAGUAGAUGGGCAGUUAUAUUUUACAGCUCAAUGGUACUACCGAGUACAAAACACUGUCAUCAAAGACUGUGUUGAGAUUGAUAGUAGACGUGUUUUCUUCUCAGAUGUGAAGGACCGCAAUCCUUUGGAAUGUCUUCUUGAAAAGAUUACUAUUGUUAGAUUGGCUCUAAAUGUUGAUCCUGAUGUUAAGAACAAACUUAUUCAAGAGUGCAAGUAUUAUUGUGACACCAAAUACUUGUUGCCUCAUUCAACUUUUGUCAAUUUACUACCAGAAAAUAUGCAAUCGGGAAGUCAUAUUCCAUCAACAAUUUCUUGUGGGGUUGUUGGUGAAUCUUGUCAUGUUAACUCAGAACUUAUGAAAAGCUCCAUAGUCAGGGAGCAAUGCUUACAAGAACUUAAAUUGCUGGACUUAUAUGCUGGGUGUGGUGGGAUGUCAACUGGCCUAUGUUUGGGUGCUCGAUUAUCCAAUGUAAAUCUUGUCACGAGAUGGGCUGUUGAUAUAAAUGAAUAUGCGCUCAAAAGUCUAAAGCUUAAUCAUCCAGAAACUGAGGUUAGAAAGGAAUAUGCGGAAAACUUUCUGAUUUUGCUGAAGAAGUGGAAGGGACUAUGCAUUUCUUUUAACUUGGUUGAGGGCGAGAAUUCAGAGAUACCGGUCAAUUUCUUUGCAACAAAUGACCCUUCAGAUGAAGAAGAGGAUGAGGACCAGAAUAAGGAUAAUGCUGAAGAUUCUGAGGUUUAUGAAGUCGAAAAAAUACUUGAUAUAUGUUAUGGGGAACCAGAAGAGAAAGAUAGGGGGCUGUACUUCAAGGUUCAUUGGAAGGGCUAUGGUUCAGAUGAAGAUACUUGGGAGCCUAUUGAGUCACUGAGGGAUUGCAAGGAUAGUGUACAAGAAUUUGUUUCUCGUGGCUUCAGAUCAAAAAUGUUGCCGUUACCUGGAGAUGUUGAUGUGGUGUGUGGUGGACCUCCUUGCCAGGGAAUAAGCGGAUUCAACCGAUUUAGGGACAAGGAAAAUCCUUUGAAUGAUAAGAAAAAUGAACAGGUGGUUGUUUUUAUGGACAUAGUUCAGUACCUUAAGCCUAAGUAUGUCUUGAUGGAAAACGUGGUCGACCUUUUGAAAUUUGCGGAAGGAUUCCUUGGGCGAUAUGCCAUUGGACGUCUUGUUGAUAUGAACUAUCAGGCAAGGAUCGGUAUGAUGUGUGCAGGAGCAUAUGGUCUUCCUCAAUUCCGUAUGCGGGUUUUUCUAUGGGGGGCCUGUCCUACUGAGCGGUUGCCACAAUACCCGCUUCCUACCCAUGAUGUUGUUGUCAAGGGUCAUACUCCAACUGAAUGGGAGGAGAAUGCAGUUUGUAGUGAAGGGCAUCAAUCUACAUUGAAAGAAAAGCUCUUUUUGGAGGAUGCUCUAUCUGACCUUCCUGCUGUAAAUAAUAAUGAGUGCCGUGAUGAGAUGCCAUAUGGAAGUCUCCCCCAGACUGAGUUCCAGAAGAUGAUUAGACUUACCAGAAACUAUUUAUUGGGAUCUUCAAAGAGUGAGCCUUAUAAUGUGAUGCUAUAUGAUCACCAGCCUUUGACAGUGAAUGCUGACGAUUAUGCUCGUAUAUGUCGCAUUCCCAAAGAGAAGGGUGCGAAUUUUAGAAACCUAACUGGUGUUCGAGUGCGUCCUGAUAAAACAGUUGAAUGGAAUCCUGAUGUAGACAGGGUUUAUUUGGACUCUGGCGCUCCUCUGGUCCCUGACUAUGCUAUGUCAUUUGUGAAAGGGAAAUCAUCAAAACCGUUCGGACGUUUGUGGUGGGACGAAAUAGUGUCCACCGUUGUCACUCGGGCCGAGCCCCACAAUCAGGCUAUCUUGCAUCCUGAUCAAGACAGAGUGUUGACUAUACGUGAAAAUGCAAGAUUGCAAGGCUUUCCUGAUUAUUACAAACUCUGCGGGCCAGUUAAAGAAAGAUACAUUCAAGUUGGGAAUGCCGUAGCAGUUCCUGUUGCGCGUGCUCUGGGAUAUGCACUAGGGCGUGCUCUCAGUGGUUUAGUUGAUCAUCGUUCUAUGUUUGAGUUGCCUGAUGGGUUCCCUAAUCAUCUGGAAGAGAUUCCUUCUCCAGAAGUUAGAGAAUAGUGAAUGCCACUUCACAAUGAACCAAUAUAUGAUGACCUUCUAGAGAAUCCAGAUUAUUCACAAUCUUCUUAGAUUACUUAUUGAUCAUUCAUGGUCCAUUAUUCUUGAUCAAACAAAAGAACAUUAUUCAUUAAUAAUUGUUUUUG